AUGCCACCACGACUGAGCCUGCGGUCUGUCGCAGGCUGCCGUCCACCCUCAUUGCACAGGGUUACCGCGAAGCCAACAUCUACUGUUUGUUUAUUCUGUUCCCUCGCGGCCCGUCCCAACUCGUCAGCACCUCGAAGGACGCGGCGCAAAUCUCUGGCGACGCGUCGGAAUCAGUCCAUCACCACCGCCAGCCAGACGUCGAACCCGCGAAAAGAGCUCCUGGACGCCCUCCAGGAACUCCAGAAGCAUGCGACCAAUUACGUAAACCUGUCGCGGGUGCAAUUGGCCCUCAACGCGCUGCGCCAGGGCGCAGGCGAAGAAACCGUGAGGAUCGCCAUCCUGGGACUGACGAAUGGAUCCGAGUCGGGACAGACCGCCAAGGAGGUAUUGCGGCUACUGCUUGCGGACCCGCUGUCGCCGGAGCAGGAAUGGGAGAGCGAAUUGAUAAGCCAUGAUGCGCGACAACCGCUGAUAGUCCGGGUCGGGGCAGACCACGAAGGCGGUGCCAAGGACGCUGAAGGGACGAUGACGUACGCGGGAGGCAGUCUAUUGAGGGAGAUGAACGUCUCCUCUCCCGGUCUUAACGGAAGGAAGCUCGAGAUACUGCUUACAGAGACCAACCCGCUCGCCGACCCGACUGGGGGAGCAUUCCAGAACUUUGAGGAGACCGCGCUGGUGCCGACGGUGGAUAUACCUACCUCACACACUGGAAGAUAUACUCCUGUCACGACACCGGUACACAGAGCUUUGCUCGUCACGGAUGGCAUACUAGGGGCCGCCUCGCUGGCCAACCUUCCUCUACUCUCGACCAAGGGUGCGGUAACCGCGGCGGUCAACACGCCUGGAUUUCAACCCGAAGACCCAUCGGCCUUACCGUUCGCCACCAUCGACAUCACAGCAGCCUCCCAAGGCUUGGAUGCCUUGCGCCAGAGCGUAGACAGAGGGUUUGAGUAUGAGAGGCUAUGGUUCAAGAGCAACAUCCCUUCUAUCACGACUUGGCUGAAGUCCGGAGUCACGACUACGGGAGAAGGCGUCACGAAAGACGCUGUCCGAGAGUCGAUUGCCUCUAUCCUCCUGAAUACCCAUGCCAAAAUACAGCAGGAGGAAUCCCGCAGGUUGUCCUCGGCGCUCUCGGCCCAGACCUCUGCUGCCGUACCCACGCUAAACGCAGCGCUGGCAGAGUGGGCAGAGAAGUCCCAUGCGGAGCUACAAGAUCAGCUGGACAAGGCGUUCACAGGCAGGCGGUGGCGCAAGUUGAACUGGUGGAAGCUCUUCUGGCGCGUCGACGACGUCGGCGUGCUGUCAUCCGAGAUGCUCUCGCAGAGGUUCCUGCCGUGCGCGGAGCGGAACGUCAUCUUCCUCGCCGGCAAGAUCGAGGGGUCCGGCGUUUUCGGCACCGACGCCCGCAACAAGGCGCCCUAUCCGCCACCGACGAUAGCAUCGACCGCAAGGCCAUCCGAGGCGGCGGCGGAACCACCGCAGGAGUUGACGCCUAUCAAGGAAAGUCUGCCCGGGACCAGGUGGCCAGCCCACAUUACGUUCACUCGCAAUUACCUACAGUCUGAGACGGUGCCGGCCUUGCAGGCCCUCGCGCAGAGCCUUGUCUUCCAGUCAGCCGGCUUCUCAACACUGACUACCUCCCUCGGGGCGCUCAUGUACCUGUCCACCUUCGGUGCGUCCGAGUCCGGGGCGGUGGCGGCCCUGGGCAUCGUGUGGAGCCUGCGCCGCCUGCAGAAGAAGUGGGAGUCGGCAAGGGAGUACUGGCAGAGCGAGGUGAGGGAGGAAGGUCGCAAGGCCGUGAGGGCUGUCGAGAUCAGUGUUGCCGAGACUCUCGACAAGGCCGUCAGGGACGGCAGUAAGGCCAACGAGGACGCCCUGCUGGCUGAGCUGAGACAGGCUAGAGAGCUUGUGCAGAGGGCCGAGGAGGCGUUGGCGAGGCUGAAGUAA